AUGGAAAGAUGGUAUGGACCGUAUUGCCGCAGAAAAAGAAACUACUCGAGCCCAAUUAUCAUUGGCCAAAAAUCAACUUCAAAGAAGAAGAAUAGCUUGGUUCAAUCAAGAAAAAUAGAGGAGCUCGAGGCUCGGUUGGCCUCCGAACUUGCCGAGGCCCAAUCUGACACCGAAAAAGCAAACGCUAAUGUGGAUGCAUUCGUGGCCGUCUAUCGGGCCGUUGAUGAAGCUCCUCAGGUACAGGAAAGAGAGGCGGCCGAGACCACUAACACUCGAGCACAUUGGGUUGCUGAACUUGCUAAAUGCCGAUCUCAGAGGGAGACCCUCGAGGAGAUCCAUGCUCGAGGAGGGUCUACUUUAAACAUAAUUAGUGCUUACGUGCCUCAAGCGGGAAUGGACGAAGAGGUGAAAAGACACUUUUGGGAGGAUUUAGACGGGUUGGUGAAUGGAAUUCCGCACAGCGAAAAGCUAAUUAUAAGAGGAAAUUUUAAUGACCACAUCGGGACGACUUCUAGGGAUUAUGACGGUGUGCAUGCCGGCUUCGAUUUUGGCGAUAAAAACGAAGGAGGAACUUCAAAAUUCCAGUGUGCUAAAGCUUUUGAUUUUGUGAUUGCUAACUCGUGUUUCUCGAAGAAUGAGGAGCAUUUGGUCACAUUUCAGAAUACGGUGGCAAAAAUCCAGAUUGAUUAUGUACUAUUCAGGAAGUAUGAUAGAGGUCUUUGCACGGAUUGUACGGUUAUUCCGAGUGAGGAUCUCACGACUCAACAUAGGCUAUUGGUGAUGGACUUAGAGAUCAUAAGGAAAAGGAAGAAGAGGGAUGUGUAUGGUCAACCUAGGAUUAGGACGGGAGCCUUGACCAAGGACAAAGCUCAGCAUACGGGAGAAAAGUUACCGGCUAUAGGGCCUGGGGGAGUAGUGGAGACGUGA